AUGAUUACAUUUUAGGUAAGAGAAUAAGAAGAAGAAAGAAAUACAUUUAAAUAAUAUUUAACAGUUGGAACAAAAGAAUAAGAAUCCAAAAAUGUAAAUGUUAGAGAGAGAGGAAAUAAUGAUCAUAAACAUUAAUCAAUAGUUUAUAACAAAUAUUAUUUAAUUAUGAUUCAAAAACCUUAAGAGGAUGGUCCGCUUCAGCCAUUUGAUUUAUCAUUUCGUGGAGAUGAUUAAAGGUUUAUGGAAUUAGAAAGAGCAUAGAACAUUCAAGAUUUCGUGAAGUCUAUAGGGAAACGGAAUUUCGAAUACGAAUUUCAAUAUUUAAGACAAAGCACUGAAACAAAAGAACAUGAUAAAUAACUAAUCAAGACAGUUUAAGUAUAGAGAUUGAAUCGAUAUACAAAUAUAUUGCCAUGUAUGUUUAAGUAGAUAUUUAAUUUAUAGUUUCACAUUCGAUUGUAAAACCAGAAGUUCAAUCAACUAAUAAAUUUAGUACUCCGCGAGAUAAAUUCUACAUUAAUGCAAAUUACAUCAAAGGAGUUAAUAAUGCUGAAAAAUAAUACAUAGCUACUUAAGGACCAAUUCCAGAGUCUGUUGAUGAUUUUUGGCAUAUGAUUUGGACUAAUAAUGUUGGAAUCGUGAUCAUGUUAUGUGCUUUAUGUGAUAGAGGAAGAGUAUUCCUUUUGCUUUACUUAGAUCCAAUGCGAGAGGUAUUGGCCUAAUGUGGGAUAGAAGGCACAAUUUGGUCCAUAUGAGGUGAAUUCAAUUUCAUAAGAAGAAACUCCAAAGACUCUUUUUAGAAAUAGAAUAAUUCUUAAAUGUUAAGAUGAAUAAAGAGAAAUUAUUCAUUAUUAAUGGACUGGUUGGAUUGAUUUUGGAGUUGUUGACAACAAUUAAUUUAAAAUUUUAGACAUGUUAGCUGAAAUUACUAAUGUGGCUGGAUUAUAAAAUAAAAGGCCAGUCAUUCAUUGCAGUGCAGGAGUUGGAAGAACUGGAACAUUCUUAGCCAUUUGUCAUUUAAAAUAGUUAUUAAUUAAUAAGGAAGCGAAAAUAUCUGUAUUUAGUAUUGUAAGAAGAUUAAGAGAGUAAAGAGCUUUAAUGAUUUAAACACCUGAGUAAUAUUAAAUGGUGUAUAGAUAUACAAUGUGGGUCAUAGAAAAUUUGAAAUAUAUUUGA